UUUUAUUUCAAUGUAUAAUGUUUAUAUAACAAGGAACCUUCUUGCGUACAAAACUACAUCGAAUACAAAAUAUGAACUCGAAGUGUUGAGCAAAACAUUACCUCAUCCUAAAUUUUUUUAUAUUUUCGCCGUUUGUUCUCCGAGUUUAUCCUGAAAAUCAAUGGAACAAAGUUAUAAUUUAAGAAGCCCUGCUGUGAAAAGGUUAAUGAGAGAGGCCAAAGAACUGAAAGACAAAACUGAACAGUUUUCUGCCCAUCCACUAGAAGACAAUUUGUUUGAAUGGCAUUUCACAAUCAGAGGGCCGGUAGACACAGAGUUUGAGAAUGGUUUGUAUCAUGGCCGGAUUGUACUUCCACCGGACUAUCCGAUGAAACCUCCGAGCAUUAUAUUACUCACUCCAAGUGGAAGAUUUGAAGUUAACAGGAAAAUCUGCCUUAGUAUCUCUGGCUACCACCCUGAAACAUGGCAGCCAUCUUGGUCAUUAAGAACAGCCCUACUUGGCAUCAUUGGGUUCAUGCCCUCUCACGGCAAUGGGGCCAUAGGUUCCCUCGACUACACCCCCGAUGAACGACGCAUUCUUGCCAAAAAAUCUCAAGAUUGGAAGUGCCCACAGUGCGGUCCAAUAUGCAAUCUCGUUCUGCCCGUCACGGAGCUGAGCAAGAAGUUGAAUGCGGAGGCCAAGGAACUGGGACUUCAAAUCAAAAUGCAGGGUGAGAAAACGAAGACUACUGAAAGUUCAGAGACGCCACCAACAACAGCAGCAACGACAAGAACGACGACGUCAGUGGCAGCACCGACAUCCACCAGUGCGACUGGCCCAUCACCGGCACAAAAUCUUCAAAUGCCACAUCAGCAGCAGUUCUUUACAGCAGCGGCAGCUCAACUGAAUCAACAUUCAACUUUUCCCAAUAUUCCCCUUGCUCCUUCUUUUGCCUUUCCAUACUUUGGCGGUGCACCUCCCGCUAAUUCUACGCCCUCCCAAUUUUCCCUGCUCCCACAUAUGCCCUCACAGUUUCCCACGUCUUUCCUCCCCCCUCCCCCUCUUCUUCCUCCUUUCUUCUGCCCUCCAUUUCCGCCCCCACCACCAUUGAUGACACACCAGACUCCAGGGACUAGCACCCAACAGAAUGUGUAUGGAAUGCCAUCUUAUCCUUUCUACAUGAACCCUAUGUUCAGUUCAUCUGACUACUACAGACAGUGGCCGUUUCCUAACACUGCUGCUACUACUGCAACAAUUACUGCUGCUACUGCUACUGCUGCUGAUGAUGCUUCAUCAGGUACAACAAUAACUGCAACGAUAUCUGCAGCUACCAGCGUUAUUUCUUCUACUGCAUGGAAUUACACUAGUUCCACGACUACUAGUGUUGCCGCUUCGGCAGCCAGGAUAUCUACUACAGCUUCUGCUGGUGGUGUUGUGGUUAGUAGUGCUGCUAACUUAGGCAACAGCAGUUCGGUGGUCACUACAACUGCAGCUGCUAAGAUGACCACAGCUAAGAUGACUUCUACAGAAGCCACAGCAACAACUGCAUCUGCUCCAGAACCGGUCACAAAAACAACAAAUGUGUCUCUUACAAACAGUAGCAGUAAAGCUGUUACCACUACUGCUGCUGCUAAUGCUGCUACUGCAACCACCACCUUGCAGUCAUCCAGCAAGUUGAAUGAGGAGAAUAAAUCGGCAUCAUCGUCAACUGCAUUCUCAUCCACGUCGUCAUCAUCAACAGCUGCAGCGACUACAUCAUCACCACCACCAUCUACAACCUCUGCAUCAACAGCUUCCGCAUCUGAAACUUCCAGCAGCUCAAACUUGAGACAACGUAAGCAAAGCCUAUCAACUUCCGCUGCUUCUACAUCACCAACCAAUGGUAGCACUCCGGCUGCUGCUGCCCGACCAAUAAGAACGCAGCAGCGUAGGUCUGCUAGGCUGCUGAGUGGACUAAUCAGAAUGUUUGCCGCUGGGUUGCUAGACUUUUUCAUCGUCAUCAUUGCGUUCGCCAUCUUCAGCUUGAUUGGUCUUCGGAUGCUUUGGAUGGUUUGAGUGAAUGUGAUGGUGGUGUUGUUGAUUGUGAUGGUGGUGACGAUGAUGAUGAUGAUUUUUCUAAUAUGAUGAUGAUGGUGAUGAUGAUGGUAAUAAUUAAAACUUUCAUGAUGAAAAUUGAUUGACUGAAAAUUUAACCUGGAUUGUAGAUUUACUUUUCGUUAAACUCAUUAACCGAUUAACCAACUAUUCAAUUAAUCUUUCAAUUAUAUAUAUUAAAUAACGUAAUUUGUAAUAAAAUUUAAUUUGUUAGUUUGUUCAUUAAUUAAUUAAUUAAUAUUUUGUUGACUUGAACGCUUCAUUCAAUUCUUUCAUGGACUCAGUUUUGGACUCAAUGCCAUCUUUCAUUCAAUUUAUUCAUUCAUUUGAGAAAGAACUUUGUCAUCAUUUCUUUCAUCUUUAUCUUCACUAACUAAUUAUAUUCAUAUAAUUAUUAGUUGUUAUAAUUAUUGCUAUUUAUAUUAUUAUUGAGUCUGUAAUAUUAAUAUGUAUUACAAUUUUCAUCCUUUAAUUUGCAUGCACUUUUGAAUAAAUGUUCUGCUCUAGUUU